CUCUCGUCUCUGGUUGCGAAGAGAAGCCAUGGUAUCGCUGAAGCUUCAGAAGCGGCUCGCCGCCAGCGUUCUCAAGUGCGGGAGAGGCAAGGUCUGGCUCGAUCCCAAUGAGGUCAACGAAAUCUCCAUGGCCAACUCCAGGCAAAAUGUAAGGAAACUUGUGAAAGAUGGCUUUAUCAUCAGGAAGCCAACUAAGAUCCACUCUCGAUCUCGGGCACGGAGAAUGAAGGAGGCCAAGAGAAAGGGACGUCACUCUGGAUAUGGUAAACGCAAGGGUACAAGGGAGGCAAGGUUGCCCACUAAGAUCCUUUGGAUGAGGAGAAUGCGUGUACUGAGGCGCUUGCUCCGCAAGUAUCGGGAGUCCAAAAAAAUUGACAAGCACAUGUACCAUGACAUGUACAUGAAAGUGAAAGGUAACGUCUUUAAGAAUAAGAGGGUGCUAAUGGAGAGUAUCCACAAGUCGAAGGCCGAAAAGGCAAGAGAAAAAACUCUUUCUGACCAGUUUGAGGCUAAGCGUGCUAAGAACAAGGCAAGCAGAGAAAGGAAGCUAGCUCGGAGGGAGGAGCGCCUGGCCCAGGGACCUGUGGAAAGGGCACCACCAGCAUCUGCACCCCAGCCUGCUGAGGGAACUAAAAAGGCCAAGAAGUGAUGAAAGGUGCCUCUACCAUGAACAUUGAAGAACUGAUAACAACAGAUGACAAUCUCUUGGUUUUCUGCAGUAGGAUUUUGUUCUUAAGCCAAUAUUGUUCUCUUUUUGUGGCCAAUUUUUUCUUUAUAAGAAAUCUUGAACCUCUAUUAAGUUCUAGGUACUUUCCCAUAUGUUGAGUGCUUUGUUCAUUUAUGAUUUCAGUGAACCAUUAAAUUAUGUGUGCAUGCUUCAGUUAAACAUGAGAAUUUACUCGCAUUAGUUGAAAGCACAGUUUUGGGUCUUAAAA